UUCCAAACCACGUGGGCGCGCUGGGCACCGCGGGGCAUUGGCGUCGCCGCCGUGAUCGCAGCAGCGGCGGGGACGGCUGCCUGCCUGUUUGGGCGGCGGGAUCAUGGCGGGGCAGUCACCUUCCCUCAGCUACGUGGGCUGCAACUUCCUCCGGCAGAGGCUGGUGCUGGCCACGCUGAGCGGGAGGCCGGUGAAAAUCCGCCAGAUCCGGGCCAAGGAGGAGGAUCCCGGCCUCAGAGAUUUUGAAGCAAGUUUUAUACGGCUGAUUGACAAAGUGACCAAUGGCUCUAGGAUUGAAAUAAAUCAAACAGGAACCACGUUAUAUUAUCAACCCGGCCUUCUAUAUGGGGGUUCCUUGGAACAUGACUGCAGCCCCAACCGUAGCAUUGGUUAUUAUUUGGAAAGUCUGUUGUGCCUGGCACCUUUUGUGAAGCAUCCAUUAAGAAUUAUCCUCAGGGGAGUAACAAAUGAUCAAGUUGAUCCUUCAGUAGAUGUCCUUAAGGCAACAGCUCUUCCCUUGUUGAAAAAAUUUGGAAUUGAUGGUGAAAGUUUGGAAUUGAAGAUCACCAGAAGAGGAAUGCCCCCCAAAGGGGGUGGGGAGGUGGUAUUUUCCUGUCCAGUAAGGAAAACCUUGCAGCCCAUUCAGUUCACAGAUCCUGGCAAGAUCAAGCGCAUCAGAGGAACAGCAUUUUCAGUCAGAGUGUCACCACAGAUGGUAAACAGAAUCGUGGAUUCAGCACGAAGCAUCCUAAAUAAGUUCAUUCCAGAUAUAUAUAUCUACACAGAUCACAUGAAGGGGACCAGCUCUGGAAAGUCUCCAGGUUUUGGCCUGUCUCUUGUUGCAGAAACCAUCAAUGGCACUUUUCUCAGUGCUGAAUUGGCUUCUAACCCUCAGGGCCAGGGAGCUGCUGUACUCCCAGAAGAACUUGGUCAGAACUGUGCAAAGCUGUUGCUGGAAGAGAUUUACAGAGGAGGUUGCGUAGAUUCAACAAACCAGAGCCUGGUUCUGCUCCUCAUGACCCUUGGACAGCAGGAUGUUUCCAAAGUCCUGCUAGGGCCGCUGUCUCCGUACACAAUUGAGUUUCUGCGACAUUUGAGAAGUUUCUUCCAGAUUAUGUUUAAAAUUGAAACCAAAUCAUCUGAUGAAGAGCGCAAAGGUGGAGAGAAAGUCUUAAUGACAUGUGUUGGCAUUGGAUUUUCCAACCUUAACAAGACAAUAAAGUGAUAAACAUCUUCUGAAAUACUGAAAUGUGAAGUCAAAAGUGAUGCAAAAAAGAUUUGGUUUAACUUUGUAGAUAUAAAAUGUUUGUGCCUGUACCAUUUUCCUUUUCCCCCCAGACUUAAGGGUUGCUGUUACUGACUUGAAAAGUAUUUAGUUUUCACUUUUACCCUUUUUGUGAAAAAGUUAAUGAGGGAGAAGCAAGAAAACUGACCACGAGAGAAGUAUGAUGCAAAAUGAUGUACCAAAACGGAGGUGGAGUUGUAAGGCCACUUCAAAGUAGUACCUAAACUGAGGCAAGUACAAGCUGGUUUAUAGAUUUCACAUAUAGAGAGUUUGUCAAGUGCUUUGAUCCUGCAAACACUCAUGUAGUCCCAUGAUCUUCAACAGGACUUUGCUCAAACAAAUGAAAGCUACACAUACAUAAGUGUUUGUAAGACUGCGGCCUGAGUCUUGUAUGGACAUUGAAUAAGAGCCUUCAGGUACGUGCAGAAGCUCCUCCAGAUUCACUAGCUUUGGAUCAAAUCCUAAACGUUCAAGUUCAGUGCACUGCAGGUCUGGGGAAUAAGGAAAAAAUAAAUGCCACGUAAGUUUUAAAAUAUAGUGAAAGAUGCAUCUUCCUGUACUGGGCUCAAUCAGUCCUCUUCCACCAGGUUGGAAGGAGAAAUCUUUUGACAGAGUAUUUUAUCUGUAAACUGUGUUAUUUCAGAUAUUUUAUUUCACUGGCAGAGCAACUGUCCCAAUUUGUUCAUUGUGCAUUAUUGCCAGAAUGGAGUUGCUGUGACCAUUUGGGAAAGAAAACAACCUGGCUUCAUAACUGCAAGAUAAAGCUGCAUGUGGUCUUGUGUAACUGCUCUUUCUGUGGGGGAAUGGAAGUUUGCCUGGAAUUUCUUUCCUAAAAUCUGGUGGGGGCAUCUCAGGGCAUUUGUACACAUACACUUGUCUGCUCUGGAAUGGAUUUAAUUAAUCGAACCUGCAGAGCAUGCAAGCUGAUGUGCCUGGUGCUGCAUCACAUCCAUUUGUGUAAACAACGAAAUGCACAUCAGCACUGAGAAAGUGGCAGCAGUGUGUUUUUGAACUAAAAGACUUUGAUGUGUUUUAGUUCAAAAGUGCCACCACCGUUUUCUCAGCACUGACAUGCAUUUCGCUGUUUAUACAAACGUAUGCGCCACAGCACCAGGCUUAAGCAUGUGUACAAAUGCCUUCAGAUUCCCAAAUGAUGAAAGGCCCUAAUGGGAACACAGCAGAGGUACCUAGGGGAUGCCAUGAAACCUGUUGGAGUUAAGUAAAGAACUCUCAGGGAAAGGAGAAGUCUUUUUACACUUGCCUACAAGUUGAAGUAACCUAUAUUCAUAUUUAGAAUCACAUCAGAGGGUCAGUCAUGUGAGCUGCCCUUCUUAUCUAUGCUUCCUCAUGACAGCUGCACUUGAGAAGCUCAGAAGAACAGGCAAGUAGUGGGCAGAUCAAUCCCUAGAAGGAAUCUGCUCAGUGAAGGUUCCUGUUCCUCAAGCAGAGCUCUUUUAGGAAUCAUUUGGCCCAGUAGAGUACAGAAGGGCUAGAAGUCAUGCAUAGAGUAUUGUGGGAUUGCUGUUGCUGGGCUUCCUGUGCUAGGUCAUGCAGCAUUCAGGUAAGUACUGAAGGAGAGGAGGGCAGGAUAGACAGAAGCUCAAUCCCAGGGCUCCGAUGCUCAUAAGAGCUUCUGGGGCCAGGCUGGAUUGCUGCCAGAGGAUGGGGUGAAGGGUUUUAAUGUGGAUAGUUGGCAGGUUUAGGCUACAGGACAGCCCUGCAGGUAGUAUAGGCAGAUCCACUAAGCAUGGCUGGUAUAAAAUUAAACCACAUGAAAAACUGGAACAGGUACAACUGACUGUGUUAUAAUGGUCUUUUUUUUUAACCUUUAAACAUGCAAAAUACUUUGAUCAAUAUAGUUUUUACACCACUAGAAGAUACAGUGAUAUUAUAACAUCUUUAUCAAUUAUCGUUGUAAGAUGUGUAUCCCUCUCUCUGACAGAGAUGUGUUGUUCCCAUGCAGGAAUUUGAAAAAAGUUGGAUAUUUGAUUGGGUUUUUUUAGAGGCUGUAGUCUAAUUUUUGUACUGUUUUGUACCUAUCUGCCUACGUAAGUUUCUGCCUCCAGGAAUAAAAUAAAAUCUAUUUUUCAUA